CUAUUCUCUGAAUAAAAGAGCACUACUACCAGACCUUGAGAGUCCGAGAAAUCUUUCUUUCGACUCCUCGGCCUGCCGAGUCUGUCGUUUCUUCUGGUGGCCCAUACAGGGAUCUUGCUUCACCGGCUUGUGAGCUGAAGUUCUGGACCAUGGGAGCUUCUAAUUCCAUUCCUAAGGACUCACCUUUGGGCUGCCUUUUAAAUAAUUGGGCAAAAUUUGAUCUACAAGAUCUAAAGAAAAAGAGACAUCUUUUACUGUAGUACUGUUUGGCCUCAAUAUACUCUAAAUGAGGAAAAAUGGCCCAUGAAUGGCAUCCUAAAUUUUAAUACUAUUUUUCAACUAGACUUAUUUUGCCACCACCUGGGAAAAUGGUCUGAAAUCCCUUACAGUCAAGCAUUUAUGGCCCUAUAUCAAGAUCCUGAACUCAGAGCAGUUUGUCGCACGUGUCUAGCUUCCCCAACUAAAGUAGAAAAACCCAUAUCUGAUAUAUUAGAUGAUGACUGCCUUGUUAGACCUCUCCCUAAGGCCCCUGCAGCUCCUGCCGAAUUAACCUCUCCCAAGGACUCAAAGACCAGAAUACCCCCUCCCUCCAAGGAGGAACCUAAAAUUGAGUCCUCAAUCCCUGUAAGUCCUGCAGGUCAUACGAGGAGUGGGACCUCUGAUAAUCCUGGACAUCUCCUUCUCCGCGAGGUAGCAAAUGGGGACCUUUUGAGUCCAUGUGCCAUUUUUGAUGUCUGAAGUGGCUCAACUAAAGGCACAACUGGGUAGAUAUUCAGAAAGUCCUUUCCAAUUUAUUGACAGCUUUCAACAGCUUGUCAUGAUGUUUGAUUUGACCUAGCAGGAUAUAUAUAUUAUUCUUACUCGUUGCUGCACUACAGAUGAAGAAAAUCGUAUUUGGGCGGGAGCACGUGAAUUUGCAGAUGAUUUAUGUACUAGAGACAGACAUAAAUAUCCAGUAGGAGGCACUAUGGUGCCAGAUACAGACCCCAAAUGGGAUUAUAGGGAUGAAAAAGAGGACAACGGAAUCACAUGGCUACUUGUUUAAUAAAGGAAAUGAAGAAGGGAUUUACAAAGCCAGUCAAUUUUGACAGACUCUGGGAAAUAACUCAGGGAACAGAUGAAAACUCUGCCCUUUUUCCAGAGAGAUUAGCUGAAACUAUUCAAAAAUACACCAAUCUAGACUCUACUUCUCCGGAAGGGAUUACUAUUCUAAACAUGCACUUCAUUAGUCAAUCUGCCCCAGACAUACGCCGAAAAUUGACAAAAUUGACAAAAAGUCCUACCAGACUUUUGGAGGUUGCUACUCAGGUUUUUAAUGAUCGGGACAGGAUAAGGACAGAAGGGUAAAAUUACACGGUAAGGUACAGGCUCACAUUUUAGCAGCCGCCAUUGCGGAUAUGCCACCGAAACAGGCUAGCGAGGGUCUCAAGUCUCAAACUACAAAUGCCAGAGACCCAGGUAAGUUCCCUUGUUACCACUGCCGUCUAUUUGGACACUGGAGCAAACAGUGGCCAAGAAAGGAUCCUCCUCCUGGGCCUUGUCCUCUCUGCAAGCGAGAGGGACAUUGGAAGCGUGAUUGUCCUUGCCUCCAGAGCAAAGAGGGGCCAAGAACACACUUCCCUUCCUGGAGAUGCAAUCCUGAAGGCUCUGCCUGAAGGGGCCCAGAGGCCAGUCUGGCUCCCAUCAUCAUCGAACAGACUGAGCCCCUGAUUACUCUGGAUGUGGAAGGUAACCAAAUCAAUUUUCUUAUUGAUACGGGAGCCACUUACUCUGUACUUGCUUUCCAUUCUGGCCCAACUCAUAACUCUCAUCAAAAAAUUGUCAGAAUAGAGGGUGACUCUAAGUUUUGUAAUCAAACUCUUCCUUUAUCUUGCCAAUAUCGGACUCAGGUGUUUUCCCAUAGUUUUUUAGUCCUACCUGCUUGUCCUACUCCAUUAUUAGGGUGAGACUUAAUGAAAAAAUUAGGAAGCCAAUUUAUUCUAACACGUGAGGAGGACGGCUUGUUUGCCACUCUCUCUCUAAGCUCUGUUGUUUCCCAGAUACCCUCUAAUAUUCCACCCCAUAUAUGGGAAGUAAUUUAUCCCCAAGUUUGGGACAGCUCCCUUCCAAGAAGAGCUAUAACAGCACAGCCAGACUCUAUUACCCUGCAGGAUUCUUCUUUUGUACCCCAUAAGAAGCAAUACCCUUUAAAACCAGAAGCAAUUAAAGCAUUACAACCCCUUAUAUUAAAAUUCCUCAGUCACGGCCUCCUUAAACAAUGUCAGUCUCCCUAUAAACUCCUAUCUUGCCUGAAAAGAAGCAAAGUGGAGAUUAUCGUUUGGUCCAGGACCUCCAUGUAAUUAAGCCACUGUUCCUAUCCACCACAUCAUGCCUAACCCAUAUACUAUGCUUUCCCAGAUCCCAGAAAACUCUACUUGGUUUACAGUCCUGGACUUAAAGGAUGCUUUCUUUUGUAUUCCUCUGGAUGAAACUUCCCAACCUUUAUUCGCCUUUGAAUGGAAGUUUCCUAAUGAAGUUCUUCCUAUGCAGUUGACAUGGACAAUCCUCCCUCAAGGUUUUCAUGAUGGUCCACAUUUGUUUGGAAAUGCCCUAGGCAAGAAUCUACAGGAUGUCCAACUCCCUGUUGGUGGUUUAAUACAAUAUGUUGAUGAUAUUCUCAUUUGUAGUCCCACAAAGGAGGAUUAUGAUCACAAUACUGUCCUUGUCCUUAAUUUCUUAGGCCAACGGAGAUAUCGAGUCUCCCCACAAAAGGCACAAAUUUCACAACAGCAGGUGUCCAAUUGGGGCUAUGAUUUAACCCCAGGACACUGGGAACUUUCUAUAAAUAGGAAAAAGGCUAUCCUCAAACCUGGACCACCAAAGACCAAAAAAAACUUUGCACUUUCCUGGGUAUGGCAGGAUUCUGUUGUUUAUGGCUUCCUCAGGUUGGGUAAUAGCAAAGCCUUUAUAUGAAGCAACCAGAGGACCUGAUAUGGAACCUCUGGAAUGGACACAAAAGGAGGACAAGGCCUUUUGGUUGAUUCAACAGCAAUUGUCUUCCACCCCAGCCCUGGCUCUGCCUAAUGUCAACAAGCCUUUUAUUCUUUAUGUUGCUGAAAACCAGGGCCAAGCCCUUGGUACCCUCACUCAAAGACUAGACCCAGAGACCCGAAUUGUUGGAUAUUUCUCAAAAACUCUAGACUUGGUGGCUUUGGGAUAGCCAGCCUGCCUAAGGGCUGUAGCAGCUAUAGCUCUGUUAGUUGAGAAGGCCUCUAAAUUAACUAUGGGACAACCUUUAACAGUCAUGACUCUCCAUCAGGUACAAGCUGUGUUAUAGACCAAGGGACAUCAACAGAUGACUGGAGGAUGUCUAACUAAAUAUCAGGCCAUCCUCCUAGAUGCCCCUGAGAUCAUCCUUAAGGUGUGUCAAAUGAUUAAUCCAGCAGAGCUUAUGCCCGGUCCUGACUACUCAGUCCAGGAUUUGGAGCAUACAUGUUCUGAAGUCAUAGGACAAGUGUACUCUAGCAGGCCUGACCUGCUGGAUUCCUCCAUAGAUAACGCAGAUGACACCUGGUUUAUAGAUGGCAGUAGCUUCAUAGAACAGGGCACAUGCAAGGGGGGCUAUGCUGUAGUAAAUGCCUUGCACAUCAUCGAGACACAAGCCCUUGCAGCCAAUAUGUCCACCCAAAAGGCUAAACUCAUUGCUCUUACCCAAGCCCUUCACCUGGCGAAGGAUAUGGUUAUUAAUAUUUACACUGACUCAAAAUAUGCCUUCUUGGUCCUACAUGCACAUGGGGCCAUAUGGAAGGAAAGGGGAUUACUCAAUACAAAGAACUCCCCUAUCAAACAUGGAGCAGAAAUUUUGGCUCUUUUAAACUCUGUGCUUCUUCCAAAGCAAGUGGCUGUGGUCCAUUGCUGGGGACAUCAGAAGGAUUUAUCCCUCGAGAGCCAGGGUAAUAACUUUGCUGACUGGGAAGCUAAACAGGCAGCUAAACAAAGUACUCUUUUUAAGCUUACUCCCCAUUCCCCCUGCUUUAGGCCUUAUUAUUCCUACUUAUACAAAUCAAGAAAUAACCCUGGCUCAAGAAAAGGAUAUACCCAGGAAACAAAACAGUCUUGGCAAAUUAAUGAUCAGGGAAAAAUUUUCAUACCUAAAAGCCUUCAAUGGAAAUUAGUUAACAGAAUUCAUCAGGCUACACAUUUUGGCAAACAAUCAUUGACUCAACUACUUUCUAAAUCCUUUGAUGGACAUACUUUCCAUGCCACCAUUAGGCAGGUCUGCCACUCUUGUUCCACUUGUGCUCAAGUAAAUCCAGAGGGGGCAGCUAAACCACCUCCUUUGCUAUGGCCUGUACAACGAUAGGGCACCUAUCCAGGGGAAGAUUGGCAACUGGAUUUUACCCAAAUGCCUCCAUGUCAUGGCUAUAAAUACCUUUUGGUAUUUGUCGAUACGUUUACAGGCUGGAUUGAGGCCUUUCCUUGUUGAAGUGAACGGGCAAUCGAAGUAACAAAGGCCCUUUUAAGGGAGAUUAUCCCACACUUUGGCUUGCCCAAGACCUUACAGAGUGAUAACGGUCCCUCUUCCAUAGCUCAAAUAAUACAACAGGUCUCUUCAGCUUUACAAAUUAAAUACUAUUUGCAUUCGGCCUGGCAUCCACAAUCCUCUGGGAAAGUGGAAAAAGCAAACCACACUCUAAAAUGACAUCUCUCCAAAUUAAGUCUCAAAACCUGGGAAACUUGGAUUACACUCUUACCUACUGGCCUCCUAUGGAUGAGAACUACCCAUAAGCACAGUUUAGGAUCAAGCCCAUAUGAAUCCUGUAUGGAAGGCCCUUUCUAUCGACUGAUAUAGUAUUGGACUCUCAUUACCACCAACUAUAUCAAUAUUCCAUUGAGGCUGCUCUAAUAUGAAGGGAACUAAAUGAUUAUGUUGGUAAUCAUUUACCUAAGCUGGAAGCACUGUUGCCAAUACACCUUCCCAGGUAAACCCUGGAGAUAUGGUAUAUUUAAAGGAUUGGAAAACAUAUUCUGAUGGGUUAAGCCCAAAAUGGAAAGGAUCUUAUCAAGUCAUUCUAAGUACCUCCACAGCUGUAAAGUUAAAAGAUCAUACUUCUUGGACUCAUAUUUCCUGAAUAAAACCUAUGACUUCUUCAUAGGACAAAGCUGAUCCAGAUCCUGCUGUUCAACCAGACUACUCUUGUGAACAAACCCGUGAUUUAAAAUUACUUUUUAGAACAAAAUGAACCCACUCUUGAUUAUUUUCCUCUUAUCUCCUUUCGUAAUUACAGACAAUUCUUUUUUCAAAUGGGCUCAACAUUAUGCUGAGCUCCAUAACCAACCACGCGCUGGGUUUGUGGACUCUUACUUCUGUCUAGUACUUCUGGCCUCCCCUGGUGGGUCUCUCCCCUCCAGGGUACUGAUUGGCGUGUAAUGCUUCUCUUCACUACACAAUAUAUUUCUAGUUUCUCUCUCCUACAAGAUUCAUCUAUUACUAAUCAUAAUGUCUCCUUGUGGCCAUCCGUCUCUGAUACCUGUGAGCUCCCUAGCCACAAUCAGACCUUUUCCUUCAAUUCCACUGCCCAAAUACUAACUAAAUUUGCUUUGUCACAGAUGGAUCAUAAACAACAAGUUCCAAAGGUAAAGUCCCCAACCUGUCGAUACACACAAGAUGGACUAUAUCAAAUUUGGGAUGAAUAUAUUUGGCUCACUACUACUAGUGGUCAACUCAGUCAAAAGGCCACUCUAUGUUGGGAACAAACCAAUCACACUUGUGAUACAUGGCCUAAUAGCACCCGGCCUAUGGGAAAAGUUCUCCAUUCUAUGUGUUCUCAUAUCAUAGCCUUAAAAAAUACUGAUUGGUUUGGGACUGACUGGGAUAGACAGCCCAGCACACAUUGGUUAGCCCCUAAUGGCACUCAGUGGUUAUGUGGCUCCAACUUAUGGCCUUGCUGCCGCCUAGAUGGUUUGGGCGAUGCACCCCAGGCUUUGUCUGGAUGUAAGGUAGAACUACGUUUACUAUAUCUUCUCCUGCUAACCUACCCAACCUACAACAAUGCUGGACCCAUUCUGUCUUCCACUGGUAUGAUCACUUUGCCUCAAUUUUUCUUCCCCAAUUAGAAAUUGAAAGUGUCAUCUGGCACAUGGAAGCCCUAAAUAAAUUUCCUGUCUGAUAUGAGUCACCAAAUUAAAUCCAUGUCCAACCCUACCCUAUCCCUAAAUGAUUUGUUGGACUCCUGGUCAGGUCCAGGUCUCUGGACUACUAUCAAAGCUUUAUUCGUUGGGUUAAUCAUAUUGUUUGUAUUUCUUAUUAUAAUUUGAUGUCUAUUUCAUUGUUUGUCUUCCAUAUGUCAACAAAGUUUCGCCUCAUGGACCACUUCUCAUCAAAUGAUUCUCUCGUCUCCAGAGGAUCUGUAUACCUCGUCAGCCUUGGACUCUGCGGGUGGAACCUUCCAGUCCACUAAACUUCCUGCCUGUAUUCCUGUGGCCCCAUUUAGGGACAGCUCUAUGACCUUGUACAGCUGGAAGUAGUCACAGAAGAUUGACCAUCGUCCAUAUCCCCAAAAGAUUUUGGGGCCAAAUGAGUUCAGGGGGCAUUUUAUGAUGAGGAUCGAGGCUGCCCCACGGAGAGAAGCCCAAGGCCUCCUGCCCUACAUAUUGAUCUGUAUCAUCCUCCGGGAAGCAUAGAACGUCCUGACCUGAUCCGAUCUGAUUCUUACCCAAAGUUAUAGGGCCACCUGAUAACCAGACCCCACCUGCACUGAUAUCAUUUUAACAAUUUUUUUUCAUGAUCUUUCCUUUGUAUUGCACUGAUAGCAUUUUAACAAUUUUUUUCA